AGAGGGCUGCUUUCUCGGACCAUGGCGCGGCUCUCUGAUCAUUUCACUGUAUACGUGGCGCUUAAUUUAAUUAUUCCAGCAUCACUUAGUGUUACCGCAGUAACUCCGGGUGGCGGCAGCGCUAAUGUUUUGUCACUUCUGCCGCCGUAUGAUUUUUUGUAUUACAGCGGGGUACGUGCAUACUUUGGCGAGGAGUGGGCUAAAGCUGCGGAACAGCUGGAGAAAUCCAUCGUGACCAAGGAAUCACUGUUCAGAGUCCGCAGGCAGUGUCACGAUGACUGUGUCGCAGCAGGGAGAGAGGCGCUCUCCAAACUGGAUUCUGCGGAGGCGAGUCUGUGGGACCUCUGGGUCUUGGAUUGGGUGCAGCAGAGAGCUGAGUGUUUAAGGUUCUGUGUUGGACGUUCUGUGACCCUUGCAGGGCAGCUCCCUGUUUCUUCAGACAUAGAAUAUGAAUUCAGCUCUCGCAACCCUUACAACUUCCUGCAGGUCACAUACUACAAGUUGGAAAAGCUGCAGAAGGCAGCGUCAGCAGCUCACACCUACUUUGUGGCCAACCCCAGUCACCUGGAGAUGAGGAACAACAUUGAGAAGUACAGGAGGAUGGAAGGAGUGACCGAGGAGGCCUUCCAGGACAGAGAGAUUGAGAAUGAGAAGCACUGGGUUCUGUAUGAUGCUGCAGUCCAGCAUGAGGCCUCCUCUGACUGGGUGCAUGCAGUAGAGAAAUGGAAAGCGUGUGUGAAUGAAACACUGCGGCAGACAGAGGAGUGCAGGGUGCAGUGUGAGGUGGCUUCCCAACGGCUGCCUGAGGACAGGGGGGUGGACAGCGUUGACGGUGUGUUCGAGAAAUCCGCCGCUCUUUCUCUCUCCCUGCUCUCGUGCCGGCAGUCCUGUGUGACUCAGGUAGCCACGCGACCUGGAAGGAUUUCUGCUCAGGAGGACUACCUGCCCACACAGCUGGAGCAUCUGCACAUUGCACAGUUUAAAGCUGGUGACAUUAGUGGAGCGGUGAGGACUCUGCGCUCUCUUCUCCUGUUUUACCCCUCUGACAAGGACUCUUUAGACAACCUGCAGCUCUACUAUGAGACACUAGGAGGAGACACAGAGUCACAAGGCACACAGCCUGCGCAGGAGAUUGUCAGAUACAUCAGUCGCUCUUUGCAGGAGAAGAAGCUACUGUAUUUUGGUAUGGAGAACCUUGACUUCAGUUUCACCGACCCAGAUCUUUGGACUCCAGAGGAUGUUGUACCCAAAUCACUGAUGGAGAAUUGGAGAGCUGAAAAAGAGAAGAUGCAUGAGAAGAUAAAAGAGGGAGAGCAGCAGGAGGAAGUGGAUGACAGUGGCUUUUUUGCAGGUGGUGCGGUCCCUCGGGUGGGUGUGACCAUCGCCAUGGACGAACUGGUUCUGAACGGGACAAAUCGCGUAGUACUGGACGGAGUCAUGACUGAGAAGGAGUGUGACAGAGUACUGCAGUUAGCAACAGCUGCCGCAUCAGCUGGAGAUGGUUACCGAGGACGACGGUCUCCGCACACACCUCAUGAGACAUUUGAGGGCCUGACUGUGCUCAGGGCUGUAAAGUUGGCUCAGGAUGGCCUUGUCAACCAAUCAGAUGCCAAGCUGUUACAUGAGCUGGGCGAACGAGUGAGAGUCCUGCUGCACUCCUACUUUAGGAGCCCCUCAGGACUCUUCAUCUCUUUCACACACCUGGUCUGCCGCAGUGCUGUCGCAGGUGACCAGGAGGGCAGGUUGGAUCUCUCUCACCCCGUCCAUGUUGAUAACUGUCUCCUUGAGCCAGAGACCAAGCAGUGCUGGAGGGAACCACCAGCAUUCAUACACAGAGACCUCAGUGCCAUUCUUUACCUGAAUGACAACUUUGAUGGUGGAGAGUUGUUUUUCACUAACCGGGAUGCCAAGACCGUAACAGCUCAAGUCAAACCCAGCUGUGGUCGACUGGUGGGCUUUUCCUCUGGUCCAGUGAAUCCCCACGGUGUCACUGCAGUGACCAAUGGCCGGCGGUGCUCGCUGGCCCUGUGGUUUACAAAGGAGAAGCUCUACAGGGACAUGGAGCGAGAGGAGGCAGAGGCCUUGUGGGCUGCAGAUGGACAGAGUGUGGUGAAAAAGGACGAGGAGGAGGCGGAGGGCAGCACCACCACCACCAGGAACGCUCGGAGCCAAGCAACGAAGGAGAGGAGCAGAGGGAGAGGCAGGGUGACGGGGGGCAAAGAUGAGCUGUGAGAGCCUGAACAAACCUGACAGACUGAAACUGGAACACAUUUUCAUUUGCAUCCAUCCAAGUGGAGAAGUUCCCCAUCCCACAAUGGGACCAUUACACCAACCAUGAACAGCUCUCUGAUUUUACAACAUGGUCUUUCAGUUUUUACCCACACAUUCACUCUCUUCAUCUUGCUGCAUUUUCAUGUAAAGCUUGCAUUUGUGUAUAUACUGUAUUUAUACUGUAUAUGAUGAAGGUAAGUGAGGGAGACACUGUCCUUUCCCCUCUCUCUGUAAUGUCCGUCUGUACUUUUGUUUUAGCAGCUUUACUGACCGAUAUCACACUCUCUAAAAAUGAAGAGAAUAAAAGAAAAGAUGAAUGUGA